AUGGUAUGAAUGCACUCGGAUAAGUAGAAGGAUGUAGAUGCAAUUACUGACGUGCGCGCGAUAGUCGUCCGGCAAGAUCAAGGCCGCUCAGCUCUGGGGCAAGAACAAGGAGGAUUUGAAGAAGCAGCUCGAUGAGCUCAAGGCCGAGUUGGUGCAGUUGAGGACACAGAAGAUUGCUGGUGGUGCCCAGUCAAAGCUCAACAAGAUGUACGUCCCUUCCUCGAACCGAUCCCUCGAGACCGAUUAUUCGCGAAAAUCCGACACCGAUACGCUACACAUUGGAAUAUGGCAGUAUGAGAGACUGACACAGGCUGCAGCCACGACGUCCGCAAGUCGAUCGCCCGCGUCCUCACCAUCAUCAACGCAAACCAGCGCGCCCAACUGCGUCUUUUCUACAAGACCAAGAAGUACCUGCCACUCGACCUCCGCUCGAAGCAGACUCGCGCUAUUCGCCGCCGAUUAUCGCCAGAGGAGGCCAAGCUCGUCACAGAGAAGCAAAAGAAGAAGCAGAGGCAUUUCCCACAGAGAACCUUCGCUGUCAAGGUAUGAGACAUUCCAUACGCAAAUGCAAUGAGCGGGCCAGGUAGCGCGGAAGACUGACAUGCUGGACAGGCUGCGUAA